GUGCCGUGUACUCGUUUGCCGUUUAGAAUGGUAUUUAUUUAUUUGGGACAAAUGAAAGUGUCGAAAGUUCAGACAAGUGGCUUAAUACCGUUAUAAAAUAGAAAAUUUUCCAUUUUGUGAUUUAAAUACAUACGUUUAAUCCCAGAAAUAUGUUGAAUACGCUAGAUUUUAUAUUUCUCAACCUAGCCUUCAUGGUUACGUGCACAGGAUAUCUAAUUAAUAAUUACGAAACUUAUGUGCCUGCCUUCGUAAUUCAGGGUUUUAAGUAUGGUAGUUUCGCGUAUCAAGGAAAUGGGGCCAUUUUCAUACAAGCAAUCGAAAUACCGAAGUCGUACUACAGACAUUUUUAUUCAUUUUCGUCUGUGCUCAGUGCAAUCACAUUAGUGUACAUGUAUUUGGUGUAUUUUCUGCAUUUUAGUGUGAAUAAGUAUGUUGUCAUAGUUUUGAAUAAGAUAUUAGAACAAAAUGAACCAACAGUGUCAGCAACUGCAGCACUCAUUGCAAUGUCGCUGCUCACUGUCCAGUGUGCCCGGAGAUUCUAUGAGACGCACUACCUACAGGUGUUUGCCAAAAACAGCAAGAUGAACCUGAGCCACUACCUCGCUGGCAUCAUCCACUAUUUUGCCUGCAUUAUAGCGGGGAUCGGUGAAGCUCCUUUGUUUUGUGGAAGCCAAAACAGAGACACUAUGAUAUGGACAGACGCUCGCACCAAGUACCUUUCCAUUCCCUGCGUCCUAGUUUUCCUCUGGGCAUGGUAUGAGCAGUAUCAAAGUAAUAUUAUCUUUGCCAAUCUUCGCAAGGACAAGAAGUCAGGCAAAGUAGUAACGGAGGACCACGGGAUUCCGCACGGCAGAGCGUUCGAGCAGGUAUCCAGCCCUCACCGCAUGUGUGAGGUGAUCAUGUACACGGUGCUACUGCUCCUGGUGCCGACGAAAACAUACUUCUGCAUCUAUCUGUGGGUGCUUGGCAAUCAGAUUCAAACUGCGAUCCAAGCCAACGAGUGGUACAAGACGACAUUCAAAACAUAUCCAAAGGAGAGGAAAGCCAUUUUCCCUUAUGUAUUCUAAGACUGAACCAAUUCUGACUAAUUAUAAAAAGGCUAAACUAACCGCCGUGUAGGCUAUAAGAAACGUACUCGAAACAUUCGUAGUGUAUAAUUCGUUACUAACUCAAAUAUUUAUUUAAAUUAUUUGAAUUGGAACAUUCCAAUUACCUUAGCAAAGAAUUAUAUUUAGUGAAUACCUACUUAAGCAUGUUAUUCCGUCUUAAUAUGAGAAGCUACUUUAAAAUUUUAAUGUUGUUAGGUUAGGUAGUAAAAAUAUUAUUUAUGAUUUAUAAUUUAUUGUAUAAUUAAAUUAUUGUGCCUUGUUAAGAAAUACAUAUACUGAAAUAAAUGACUGAGAACUA